AUGACAUCUCCAAGCACAAGCAACGAUCAUCGAUGCCUAAACCUAAUAUCAAAAUGCAAAUCCUUAGAAAAUCUCAAGCAAAUCCAUGCCCAAUUCCUCACAACCGGCCUCUCUCACCACACGUUUCCUCUCAGCAAGCUUCUUCACUUAUCCUCCACCGUCUGCUUAUCCUACGCACUCACCAUCUUCCGCCGAAUCCCAAACCCUUCCGUCUUCCUCUACAACACUCUCAUCUCCUCCAUCGUCUCUAAUCACCAAUCCACUCAAACCCAUCUCGCGUUUUCUCUCUACGCUCGGAUUUUAACCUCUAGAUCCGCCGCGAUCAGACCCAACCAAUUCACUUACCCUUCUCUCUCCAAAGCCUCUGGCUUUCACCCUCGGUGGCAUCGCCAUGGCAGAGCUCUUCAUGCCCAUGUGCUAAAAUUCAUCGAACCGGUUAAUCACGACCGGUUUGUGCAAGCUGCUCUGGUUGGGUUUUACGCCAAUUGCGGGAAACUGAGAGCAGCUCGAUCUCUCUUCGAUCGAAUUAUCAAACCUGAUCUAGCUACUUGGAACACCCUUCUCUCUGCGUACGCUAAUUCCGGCGACGGAGAAAACGAGAACGAUCUCGGUUUAUCGGAGGAGGUUUUGAGAUUGUUCGUGGAAAUGCAAAGGAGCUCGCUUGUGAGACCUAACGAGCUUACUCUCGUAGCGUUAAUCAAAUCUUGUGCGAAUUUAGGCGAUUUAUGUGGAGGCGUUUGGGCUCACGCUUAUCUUUUGAAGAACAAUCUGUCUCUUAACCAGUUUGUUGGAACUUCUCUAAUCGAUCUCUAUUCAAAAUGUGGAUCUUUGAGUUACGCACGCAAAGUGUUCGACGAAAUGCCUGUCAGAGACACUUCGUGUUACAAUGCUAUGAUUCGCGGCUUAGCGGUUCACGGGUUUGGCCAAGAAGCUAUCGGAUUUUACAAGAACCUGAUCUCGCAAGGAUUGAUCCCUGACGACGCGACUUUCGUGGUGACGAUAUCCGCGUGUUCGCAUUCGGGUUUAGUCGACGAAGGUCUCCGAAUUUUCAGCUCGAUGGAAGCGGUUUACGGGAUCGAGCCUAAGGUUGAGCAUUACGGUUGUUUAGUUGAUCUGCUGGGUCGAUCGGGGAGGUUGGAAGAAGCGGAAGAAUGCAUCGAGAAGAUGCCGAUGAAGCCAAAUGCGAUGCUUUGGAGAUCGUUUCUUGGGUCAGCUCAAGUUCACGGUGACUUGGAGAGGGGUGAAAUUGCGCUAAAGCAUUUGUUGGGGUUGGAAUUUGAAAACAGCGGGAAUUACGUGCUUUUGUCGAAUAUUUACGCCGGUGUUGACCGUUGGACUGACGUGGAGAAGACGCGGGAACUUAUGAAAGACCACCGUGUUAAUAAAUCUCCGGGGAUUAGUACCAUUAAUUAA